AUCGGAUUCGUCAACGUACUGAUUUCUAGUCAGAAAGAGUGUUACCCAAGCGUUUUUCAUGUCACGACGGAACAGACGCUUACCAAAAUGGAAAUAUCACACAGGCGCCGCUGGGAACACAUCUUGAUUUUGGCCACUGCUUUGAUGUCACCUGCAUUCACGGUGCUGUGCAACGACAUCCUCGGCCUGAAGGUGGCGGGUGACCCGGUGCUGACCCCUCACACAGUGUGCCUGCGCCUAGCGGGGCUGAGCAAGAGGCAGAUGCGGCUGUGCGUGCGCAGCCCUGACGUGACGGCCUCCGCCCUGCAGGGCAUCCAGGUGGCCCUCCACGAGUGCCAGCACCAGCUCCGUGACCAGCGCUGGAACUGCUCCUCGCUGGAGAGCCACGGCAAGCUGCCACUCCACAGCGCCAUACUCAACCGUGGCUUCCGUGAGAGCGCCUUCUCUCUGUCCCUGCUGGCGGCGGGCGUAGCACACUCGGUGGCAUCGGCCUGCAGCCUGGGAAAGCUGCGUGGGUGCGGCUGUGAGGCCAAGCGUCGCCUGGACGAGGACAAGAUCCGCCUCAAGCUGUCCCAGCUGCAGAUGCAGACGCUGCAGAGGGGCUCCGGCCACCCCUCCGCCCUCCUCAGCCCACUCCCAGAGGACACACCCACCCCACAGGACACCUGGGAGUGGGGCGGCUGCAGCCAUGACGCUCGCUUUGGCGAGCGCUUCUCCCGCGACUGGCUGGACUCCCGCGAGUCCCCGCGAGACAUCCACGCCCGCAUGAGGAUGCACAACAACCGCGUAGGGCGGCAGGUAGUGACAGACAAUAUGAAGAGGAAGUGCAAGUGUCAUGGCACCUCAGGGAGCUGCCAGUUCAAGACCUGCUGGUAUGUGUCCCCCGAGUUUCGACUGGUGGGAUCGCUGCUGCGGGAGAAGUUUCUGUCGGCCAUAUUCAUCAACUCACAGAACAAGAACAGCGGCGUCUUCAACUCCCGUGCCAGGGGCGGGGCAGGUGCGGGGCCAGGCAAGGGCCGGCGGCGCAGCGUCUCCCGUGAGCUGGUCUACUUUGAGAAAUCGCCCGACUUCUGUGAGCGCGAGCCAGCGGUGGACUCGCCGGGCACGCGCGGGCGCAUCUGCAACAAGACGAGCCCGCGCAUGGACGGCUGCGGCUCGCUGUGCUGUGGCCGGGGCCACAACAUCCUGAAGCAGACGCGCAGCGAGCGCUGCCACUGCCGCUUCCACUGGUGCUGCUACGUGCUGUGCGAGGAGUGCCGCGUCACCGAGUGGGUCAGCGUCUGCAAGUGACGCCAAGGCAACAGCGGCGACAGGGGGGAGGGCGAAAGGAACCCGUCCAGAGUGGCAUUGCCAACGGAAUGUCACCCACGGAACAUCUCUCAACAUGCACUCCCUGCCCCCCACCCCUUUACUCACAGAGCGGGUACAAUCAG